AUGACGCCAAAAACGUUUCUCCUGGUUCUUUUCGGGAUUGCAGGGGCGGCUCGAUCGAGAGUUGACGUCUUGGAAGGGGAUACGGUGAGAUUCCUGCCAGCUGGGGAAAUCUUUCAACGCGAUUGCGUCAUGGGGAAUCAAACGAUCACCAAAUGUAACGAGGAAAAGCCGGAAAAUUGCGGGAAAUGGAUUGAUGUUGGGACAGGACUUCCACCAAUUGACGAGGUUGGCUCGGAAACCGUUUGGAAUGACGAUGAGCUGGUGAUCAAGAAUCUUCAACGGGCUGAUGCUGGCAAUUACAAAGAUCCGGAAACUCCGACAAAUGAGGAUCAAGGCGAGCCGUUGAUUCUAGAGGGAGACAUUGAGAAGAUCCCGACUGAUGGGAACACUGUGAUCACUCUCAUUGUUCAUUCGCACGAUGAU